AUGGGAUUUCCCUUGGAUAAGAUUGUAAUAAACAACGAUAUCAUCAACAAUUAUGAUGAGAACUUUGCAGGUUUAUCACAAGGAAUAAAGGAAGCGACCAAGCCGGAAGAAUCGCACACAGACUGUCCAAGGACAGACUACCCUCUCUACUGUAUAAGAUAUCAUGAGUUUGAAGCGUUUAUAGAAGGUAACCAGGAGACUGGAAUCCAACCCUUUCAGAGAAGACCAUGCGGACACCAGACUUCCUUCGUCGAAUUUAGCAGGGAUGAAGUUACGUAUGAGAGGGGAUAUAGUAAGGGUUCUGGGUUUGUUACUACCUCUGAACCUAGCGCUGCAAUCCCGCCGAAGGAAAGGUACCGGCAUCUAACACCCGAAGACGAUGAAAGCUACGGUGAUGUGGAUAUAAGCACUGCACUUGCAAAUUCGGACGAGUGGAAUCGUGAAUUCCCAUGGACAAAGCUAGUACAUGAAAUAAAUAGGGAUGUGUUCAAAAAUGUAGCGUUUAGACCGAAUCAAUUAGAGGCCAUAAAUUGUUUGCUGGAUGGAAACGAUACGUUUGUUGUAAUUCCUACAGGAGGUGGAAAAUCCCUUUGUUUUCAAUUACCUGCAGUGGUCGACCAUUAUAUGCAAAAAAACUGUCUGACAGUUGUUAUUAUGCCCCUUAUUUCUCUGAUACACGACCAGAUGAAGAGGCUGAAAAAUCUUGGAAUUGGAUGCAGAGCCUUAGUCGGGGAACUUACAUGGUCAGAAAGAAAGGGUAUUUAUGAUGAUAUUUCAGAAAACACGGAGAGCGUUAGCAUUUUGUUCCUAACACCAGAAGGACUAACCACGUCAAAAAAUUUGCUAGACUUACUACACCAGCUAGACAAAGCACGGAGACUGAGCAGAUUUGUUCUAGAUGAGGUGCAUUGUGUAAGUCAAUGGGGAAAUGACUUUAGACCAAACUAUGGAGCAAUGGGUUUGAUAAAACAUGACUUUCCUCACCUCCCUGUAUGUGCACUAACUGCUACAGCUACAGAAAGUGUUAUGAGAGAUGUUAUAAAGAAAUUGCGUCUUAGGAAUCCAAUCAUAUUCAAGUCGGACUUUAACAGAAAGAAUCUGAGAUAUGAAGUCAUAAAGAAGGAUAAGCAAUCCAAAAGGGCUGUAAAUGGUCUUAUCGAACUUAUAACUAACAGAUUUAUGGAUCAAUGUGGAAUUGUAUACUGUUUAAGUUGCAGAGAGGCAGAAGAUGUUGCAAAUGCUCUUUCUUCCCAUGUAACAUCUUGUUACUAUCAUGCGCAAAUAAAUAUGGUCACUAGAAAUAGAAUCUAUCAUGAUUGGAUUGAAGGAAGAGUAAACGUGAUAGUUGCUACUCUAGCGUUUGGAAUGGGUAUCGAUAAACCUGAUGUCAGAUUUGUGAUUCAUUUUUCCAUGCCAAAGUCACUGGAAAAUUAUUUUCAAGAAUCUGGAAGGGCUGGAAGAGAUGGAAAACUUAGUGUAUGUGUACUUUUGUAUGAGUUUCAUGAUUCCCAACGACUACUAACUUUAACCCAGGGAGUAAGCGCCCAAGGUAGUCAGGAAAGUGAACAGCAAAUGGUCAACCGGAAACAGAUUCUAUCAAUGGUUAAUUAUUGCGAGGAUAAUAUAACUUGCAGAAGGAUACUUUUAUUGAAGUAUUUUGGUCAGGAUUUUAAUGCAAAAUGUGAUGUUCCGUGUGACAAUUGUUCAGAUACAACAAAUAAGCUCUUCACAUAUAGAGAUUGCAAGGAAUACACAUCUUAUAUUUGCCAGUGCAUGUUGUAUAACAGAAAGAGUCAAAGCCACUUUACUCUGAACACGUUGCAUAAAUUGCUUUUUUCUAGAUCUGAUAAUGAUAACCCUCUAAAUGGAUACUUGAGGAAAUGUGGUUUUAAUCCGGAAACCGGGAUGAUACUGCUAAAACAAAUGUUGGUGCAUCAGAUGAUCAUGGAGCGAGUAGUGAAGGUGAAUAACCUCGCAUAUCCUCUUUAUUAUAUCAAGGUGAAUCCACAAUUCCGUGCACUAUCGGCACAUUUGACAAGAGUAAAGAUUCCAACAAAACCAAAGGAAUCAGAAGAUAGUGCUGACAACAAAAAACCCACAAAAAGGAAACAGGAAAAAACACGUGGUGUUUCCACUUCAAGCAAUGGGUUAUCAGAGAGUACAACAGCUGGUUCUAAACCGGCAAAGAAACCGAGGGUACCAAAGCCACCAAAGGAAAAGGUACCCAAGGUGAAGGCGCCAAAAGUACCCAAAGAAAAGGUUCAAAAGGAAAAACCAAAGCCAGUAAAAGUUAAAAAGGCGGCUACCAAAAAGACCACGCCAUCCACCAACACGAAUAAAGGAGUCAAAAAAACAAAAACCCCAAAGGCAGAAACCAAGCCUCGGGCAAAAGCAACAAAGAAACAAGCAAAAUCGCAAUCUGAUGUAUAA